AUGCAGCAAACCUCUACUUUUAAGCGUGAAUCGAUAAUAAAGAUGGUGUUGGUCGGCGAAAGUGGAGUUGGAAAAACGUGUCUUUUACUUCGAUAUUCAGAAAACAAAUUUUCGGAGAAUAUUACGACAACGGUUGGGAUCGAUUUUAGAACAAAACGAAUAGAUUGUGAGGGAAACCCGUAUACUAUACAAAUAUGGGACACAGCGGGACAAGAACGAUUUAGGACAAUCGUGCCCAAUUAUUAUCGAGGUGUCAUGGGAAUAGCAAUGAUCUAUGACGUAACAUCAAAAGAGUCAUUCAAAAACAUCGAAUAUUGGACAAAAAAUGUGAAGGAAAAUGCGGACGAGGGAUACAACUUAAUGUUAAUUGGAAACAAAUCAGACUUGGAACAACAACGAGUCGUCUCAUACGAGGAAGGAAGAGAACUUGCGGAGAAGCUUGGGAUUCCCUUCUUAGAGACGUCGGCAGCUAAUUCGGACAACGUCAAAAAAAUGGUGAUGACGAUGGUCGAAGCUAUUAUCAAAGGAGAAAGAAACGAAGAAAGUGCUGCCAAACCAACACAACGAAUUGCUGUUAAUACACAGAAUAGCCAACCACAGCAAAAAAUGAUGAAUUGCUGUUAA